CCUGUGGUAAAUUCAGUUGAUUGGACAUGAUUUGGAAAGGCACACACCUGUCUAUAUAAGGUACCUCAGUUGACAGUGCAUGUCAGAGCUAAAACCAAGCCAUGAGGUCAAAGGAAUUGUCCGUAGAGCUCCAAGACAGGAUUGUGUCGAGAUCUGGGGAAGGGUACCAAAACAUUUCUGCAGCAUUGAAGGUCUCCCUCAGGGGAGAAGGGCCUUGGUCGGGGAGGUGACCAAGAACCUGAUGGUCACUCUGACAGAGCUCUAGAGUUCCUCUGUGGAUGGGAGAACCUUUCAGAAGGACAACCAUCUCUGCAGCACUCCACCAAUCAGGCCUUUAUGGUAGAGUGGCCAGACUCCUCAGUAAAAGGCACAUGACAGCCCGCUUGGAGUUUGCCAAAUGGCCCCUAAAGACUCUCAGACCAUGAGAAACAAGAUUCUCUGGUCUGAUGAAACAAAGAUUGAACUCUUUGGCCUGAAUGUCAAGUCUAGAAGAAACCUGGCACCAUCCCUACGGUGAAGCAUGGUGGUAGCAGUAUCAUGCUGUGGGGAUAUUUUUCAGGGACUGGGAGACUAGUUAGGAUCGUGGCAAAGAUGAACGGAGCAAUGUACAGAGAGAUCCUUGAUGAAAACCUUCGGGACACGUCUCUGAAUGUCUUUGAGUGGCCCAGCCAGAGCCCGGACUUGAACCCGAUUUAACAUUUCUGGAGAGACCUGUGCAUCAACGCUCCCCAUCCAACCCGACAGAGCUUGAGAGGAUCUGCAGAGGAGAAUGAGAGAAACUCCCCAAAUACAGGUGUGCCAAGCUUGAAGCGUUCUUCCGAAGACUCAAGGCUGUAAUCGCUGCCAAAGGUGCUUCAACAAAGUACUGAGUAAGGGGUCUGAAUAUUUAUGUAAAUGUUAUUUAUUUAUUUUUAUAGAUUUUGAAAAAUGUAUAAAAACCUGUUUUUCAUUUGUCAUUAUGGGGUAUUGUGUGGAGAUGGAUGAGGGGAAAAAAUAAUUUAAAUCCAUUUUAGAAUAAGGUUGUAACGUAACAAUGUGUAAAAAGUCAAGGGGUCUGAAUACUUUCUGAAUGCACUGUCUAUGUGUGUUGUAAGUAACUGUUGUUACUGACGUGUAAAUUAUAAACUAAUACAUAACAGGAAACUAAUUACAAAACUUUUACAAAAACCUCUGUGAAUCUACACUAUAUAAAAAAUAAUAUGAUCUAUAAAACUACACCUUUUACUCCUCUACCUUAUAUUUCCAAAGGGGUGAAAUGUGGUGGGAUCCUCUCCGCCUCUUCCGGCAACAUCUCCAGCCCCAACUACCCAGGUCUGUACCCGUACAACAUGGAGUGUGUGUGGCUGAUUGUAGUGGCCGAGGGGUCCUCCGUCCUGCUCACCUUCCACGACUUUGAGUUGGAGUAUCACGUCACCUGCUCCUACGACCACAUCAAGAUCUAUAACGGUGUAUCCGAGGAUGAGGGAAACCUCCUGGGGACGUUCUGUGGUGUCAUGUCCCCUCCUCAGUUCACCUCCUCCUGGAAUGUUAUGUCGAUCAUUUUCCACUCCGAUCGUCAUGUGACUCACAGAGGGUUCUCUGUGAGCUACAGGAAAGAUAUGUGUGGUGGGGUCCUAACUGGUCUGUCUGGUAUCAUCUCCAGCCCCGGCUACAGUCCAGAUACCCAGUAUAGCAACAACGCUGACUGUUCCUGGACGGUCCAUGUAUCCAACCGCAGCGUGGUCAGUCUGGUCUUCCUCGACUUCCAGCUGGAGAACAACGAGGGCUGUAAUUUUGACUUCGUGGCUCUCUUCGACGGCCCCACCAUCACUCACAGACACCUGGGGAACUACUGUGGAGGAGAGAAGCCUCCUAAAAUUGUUACUACCUCCAACCAGCUGCUGGUGAUGUUCAAGUCUGACUUCAACAUCGGGGGACGAGGGUUCAAGGCUUACUACUACUCAGGUGAAUGCCAGCAGGUGCUGUCUGUACCAAGUGCGAAUUUCACCAGCCCCCACUACCCUAACAUCUACCCAAACAACAUCAACUGUCACUGGACCAUCAACCUGGCCGGCGGCUACCGCAUCAAACUGUUCUUCAACGCUAUAGAGCUAGAGGACAGGAACAGCCUAUCAGACGAGUGUGACUAUGACUCUGUAGCGGUGCAUGAUGGGAGCAGGGAGACAGCCCCGUUGCUAGGGCGAUGGUGUGGCUCGGAACAACCCGGGUCUUUGAUCUCUAAGAGCAACAACAUGCUGGUGGUCCUCAGUACAGACAGGAACUAUGCUUAUAAAGGGUUCUCUGCUUCCUAUGUAGGAGUGGUACCAGUUAACAUCAGCUGUACGAGGACAGAGUUUACCAUCCACAUCUCCCAGCAGUCACUGCCUGGGCUGGAACGUGAGAGUAUCUAUCUGGGGGACCGCUCCUGUACCGCCCAGCUGACACCUACCACCUAUAAGAUACUGGCACGCUUCGAAAAAUGUGGCACUGCAGGCCAGCCACGGCGUAACAUCACCAUGCUGGUGAACACGCUCUACAUCGACUUCUCCGACGGGAAGGGGCGGAGCAUCCAGGAGUAUGAGGUACAGUGCGACGCCCAGCGCAAGAUGGCCACCAUUCACAUUGUCUCAGCCGAGGAGCGCCAGAGGAUGAACGAGCUGGCCCGACGCCAAGCAGAGGGGUCCGGGGGAGGUGGAGGGAAGGAGGCAGACCCAGAGCCUCACGACCCCAGUGAUAUAGUGUUUAUUAGCAUCUGUGUGCUGGCUGUUGUACUGAUGGUGAUUGCUGUAAUCUGGCUGGUACUGCUUUAGUAGAGAUGGGGGUAAGAGGAGGGAGAAGAGAGCAGAGGUGGGCGAUGCAGUCUGUGAGCCAGGACACGUUGAGGUUUAUAAUGAAAACUGACAGAUUUAUUUUUGUAAUAAAAUGACUAUAUUGCUCAUUUCAAUUGUACCAAAACAAUUAUUUAAUAUUGUCACCACUCUUGA